AUGACAUUUGAACCUUCAAAAGACAUCCCCGCCCUCACUAAUAAAGUCAUCGUCGUGACCGGCGGCAGCGAGGGCCUCGGCAAACAGACCAUCCAACAGCUAGCCCAACAUUCACCUGCAAGAAUCUACCUCGCCGCACGCAACCCGACAAAAGCCGAGUCGGCCCUGCAAGAGAUACAAUCUAACGCAGGGCCCGAUUGUGCCCCGAUCUCCCUCCUCACGUUGGACCUCGCCUCGCUGGAUUCCGUCAAAACCGCCGCGGCGGAGGUGCACGCACGAGAAACCAGACUCGACAUCCUGAUCACGAACGCCGGCGUCAUGGGCGCCAAGGGCGUCACGCAAGAUGGAUACGAGAUGCAAUUCGGGGUCAACCACGUCGGCCACGCACUGCUCAUCCGGCUACUCCAGCCGCUGCUCCAGAAAACCGCGGCGCGCGAGGACGUCGCACCCGGCGAAACACGCUGCGUGGUGCUGGCCUCCGAGGCAGAGAAGUUCGCUCCCCAGACAGACCCCUAUCCGUUCGAGAAGCUGCGCGGUCCUUGCGACGACCUCUCGGCCUUCACGCGCUACGGCAUCAGCAAACUGGCGAACCUGCACUACGCGGCGCAGCUGGCUCACCACUAUCCCGAGGCCGAGACGGGCGUGCGCUUCGUCUCAGUGCACCCGGGCGCCGUCACUACGAACCUAGGGGAUCUGAUGCGCGGGUGGCCGCGCACCGAGAAGAUCAUGCGCAAGGUGGUCGCCCUGGUAAUUGGUAUGGUGCGUGUCGAGCAGGGCGCCUGGGGCCAGCUCUGGGCGGCAACCUGGCCGGUUGGAAAGCAGACGGAGCAGCUCGGGGAGCCUAAGGAGGGAACAUUCUACUGGCCCGUGGGGGUGGAGGGCAAAGGCAGCAAAUUGGCGUAUGACGAGGCAAAGGCGACGGAGCUGUGGGAGUGGACGGAGAAGGAGCUGGAGACGCAUCUUUCGUGA